AUGAGCGCGGCAAAAGUGAAGCUACCUCCGGUGGUAGUGAAAAAUACCCAUCUUAACGAGCUAAUCGCAGAUCUGGCGUCACUGGGCGUCAAAGCCGAAUACAAGUUGGGUAGAGUCGGUACCAAGGUGAUGCUCCGUACAAAACCGGAAUAUGACUUGGUCGUUGCCCACCUGAGGACUACCAAGGUCUUACCAAACUUCAACUCGAAGUUUAUCGAAGCAAAAAUCCGAGACCGGUACAAGCUGGCCCCAAGUGCCGUCUAUCGGAUGACAAGGAAGGAUGAGAAUGUGAAGGCGUAUCCGGAUUGCCUUUUCCUGGUGCACUUCCAGAAGAGAACGGUGACGCUCAUCGCGCUGAAAGCCAUCCGCUGCAUCAAUUCCAUUGUCCGCUGGGAGCCAUAUCGUGGCAGCCAUCGCGAUGUGACUCAGUGCCAAUGGUGUCUGAACUUUGGAUACGGCACCCGAAACUGCAACCUUAAGCCACGCUGUGGCAAUUGCGCUCAAAACCAUGCCACCUCCGAAUGUGCUGCGGAUGAAGCUGUGGCGUUCAAAUGUGCCAACUGUGGUGGUGCUCAUCAAGGAUCCGACAAGCAGUGA